CCCCCGUCCCCACAUACACCCGUUCAGAGCCACCUUAAAAGCAGGAGGCAGUUGUAAAGUCGCUGGCCAGCUAGUGGAGUGGAGACUGCAGAGGGAGAUAAAGAGAGAGGGCAAAGAGGCAGCAAGAGAUUUGUCCUGGGGAUCCAGAAACCCAUGAUACCCUACUGAACACCAAAUCCCCUGGAAGCCCACAGAGACAGAGACAUCAAGAGAAGCAGAGAUAAAUACACUCACGCCAGGAGCUCGCUCGCGCUCUCUCUCUCUCUCUCUCUCACUCCUCCCUCCCUCUCUCUCUGCCUGUCCUAGUCCUCUAGUCCUCAAAUUCCCAGUCCCCUGCACCCCUUCCUGGGACACUAUGUUGUUCUCCACCCUCCUGCUGGAGGUGAUUUGGAUCCUGGCUGCAGAUGGGGGUCAACACUGGACGUAUGAGGGCCCACAUGGUCAGGACCAUUGGCCAGCCUCUUACCCUGAGUGUGGAAACAAUGCCCAGUCGCCCAUCGAUAUUCAGACAGACAGUGUGACAUUUGACCCUGAUUUGCCUGCUCUGCAGCCCCACGGAUAUGACCAGCCUGGCACCGAGCCUUUGGACCUGCACAACAAUGGCCACACAGUGCAACUCUCUCUGCCCUCUACCCUGUAUCUGGGUGGACUUCCCCGAAAAUAUGUAGCUGCCCAGCUCCACCUGCACUGGGGUCAGAAAGGAUCCCCAGGGGGGUCAGAACACCAGAUCAACAGUGAAGCCACAGUUGCAGAGCUCCACAUUGUACAUUAUGACUCUGAUUCCUAUGACAGCUUGAGUGAGGCUGCUGAGAGGCCUCAGGGCCUGGCUGUCCUGGGCAUCCUAAUUGAGGUGGGUGAGACUAAGAAUAUAGCUUAUGAACACAUUCUGAGUCACUUGCGUGAAGUCAGGCAUAAAGAUCAGAAGACCUCAGUGCCUCCCUUCAACCUAAGAGAGCUGCUCCCCCCACAGCUGGGGCAGUACUUCCGCUACAAUGGCUCGCUCACAACUCCCCCUUGCUACCAGAGUGUGCUCUGGACAGUUUUUUAUAGAAGGUCCCAGAUUUCAAUGGAACAGCUGGAAAAGCUUCAGGGGACAUUGUUCUCCACAGAAGAGGAGCCCUCUAAGCUUCUGGUACAGAACUACCGAGCCCCUCAGCCUCUCAAUCAGCGCAUGGUCUUUGCUUCUUUCAUCCAAGCAGGAUCCUCGUAUACCACAGGUGAAAUGCUGAGUCUAGGUGUAGGAAUCUUGGUUGGCUGUCUCUGCCUUCUCCUGGCUGUUUAUUUCAUUGCUAGAAAGAUUCGGAAGAAGAGGCUGGAAAACCGAAAGAGUGUGGUCUUCACCUCAGCACAAGCCACGACUGAGGCAUAAAUUCCUUCUCAGAUACCAUGGAUGUAGAUGACUUCCCCUCAUGCCUAUCAGGAAGCCUCUAAAAUGGGGUGUAGGAUCUGGCCAGAAACACUGUAGGAGUAGUAAGCAGAUGUCCUCCUUCCCCUGGACAUCUCCUAGAGAGGAAUGGACCCAGGCUGUCAUUCGAGGAAGAACUGCAGAGCCUUCAGUCUCUCCAAACAUGCAGGAGGAAAUGAGGAAAUCGCUGUGUUGUUAAUGCAGAGAACAAACUCUGUUUAGUUGCAGGGGAAGUUUGGGAUAUACCCCAAAGUCCUCUACCCCCUCACUUUUAUGGCCCUUUCCCUAGAUAUACUGCGGGAUCUCUCCUUAGGAUAAAGAGUUGCUGUUGAAGUUGUAUAUUUUUGAUCAAUAUAUUUGGAAAUUAAAGUUUCUGACUUUAA